CUUUCUCUCUCUAAGAAAAAACCACCGCCUUUCUCUCUCUAAACAAAGUCUCUAUCUUUGACCUCUUUAUAUCCCCACUCCCCUCUGGUCUCCCCUCACCUCGUAUAUCAAUUUGCAUUCGAUUUCCCUCUUUUUCCAUUCCUGUUUUACCUUUCCUUUACCCAAUGUACGCAGCUCUGUCUUCAUCUUCUUUGGCCGCUAAACCCAUCAGCAGUUUCUCUCCGAUUUCGCGACGGGGGAAGGCGGAGACCGUCAGGAGUUCGGUGCAGACGCCGUCCUUCAAGUCGGCUACCGCCAAGGGCAACAAGAACGCGGCGACGGCGGUGACUCUGGCGAGGGGGAGUUUGUAUGAGGUGCUGAGGGUGGAGAGGACCGCGUCGCUGAACGAGAUCAAGACGGCGUACCGGAGCUUGGCCAAGAUGUACCAUCCCGAUGCGAUGGGUUCGUCGUCGGACGGUCGCGAUUUCAUCGAGAUACAGAACGCGUACGCGACGCUGUCGGAUCCGACGGCGAGGGCGAUGUAUGAUAUGUCGUUGGUGGGGCGCGCGAGGCGGGUCUGGGCUCGGGUAUACACGCCCCGGACAUGGGAGACCGAUCAGUGCUGGUAGAGAAAGCUAGGCGCAAACUGUUGGUGUUAGGUCAAAGGUUGCGGAAAUGUAGGAAAUUUUAAAGACAUGUCACUUGACGUGGCAAUGUUGGUAGAAUUUAUUGUAAAAACCCCCCUUCUGAUUCUUUUGUUUUGUCUGCGGGAAUUGAGUAAAUACACAUUGUUUUUCUUCCCCAUCUUCAA